UCCCAACCUUUCCAGUUGUCUCGCUUUUUUAGAACAACCAAUUGGUAACGUUAUUGUCGUGACCUGCACUUAGCGUGAGGCAUCGCCAUCGUGUUUUAAGUCUAGUUUGCCAGCUACAAAAGGUCUCUUCCCUUCAUUGUCGUGUUUUUCUUUGGUCCUACCGAAGCGAGCGGCUCUUUCUACGCUGUACUGAGUGUUUGGGUUCGUGUCCCUUUCGUAGUGUAGCGUGUACGGGUUUUAUUGUAUGCCUUCAGUGCAAAUGACUGGCAAGUAAGCCUACAAGUACACGGGUCUGUUACUUCUGUGUCAUGUUUUUUGUUGUAGCGAAAGUCUCACCUUGUACAGUAGGUGUCCUCUGCGUCCCCUGCAACUGCACGACUCAGUGGGUCUACUCCGCUAUCUUUCCUUCUGCCAUUCAUCUUCGGAGCCUCGAAAGCAAACAAGUUCGUGUUCUGCCUGAUAUCUAGUCUUCACCUGGCCUUGAACUUGUUUUUUCUGUCAAUUUGUUAAGUUGCCUGGUUGAGGGCCACAGUCGCCAGUGCCGUUCAGCUUGUAAAGGCCUAUCCCAGUUUUUCAGUUUUUUGCAUUGCCUGACGCUUAAUGAAGCGAAAUCCUUGUCCGUCCUCAGUCUGCAGUCUGUGGAGGGUAUGCUGUUUCAUUAGCCUCCGUAAAGAGCAACCUGCCAUUGUUAGGUGGCGGAAUUAACCAUACUGCGAUCCAAGACCGUAGGAGUUUGGCCUUUCCAGCACUACCAACUCCAGGGGAGUAGACGAGAUAAAAGAGAAGACUCCAGUCCAUCAGAUGUUCUUCUGGUAGCCGCAUUCGUUCUUUUUUGCUCCAACCAAGACGUGCUCCGCCACGGACAGUGACCAUGGGGAAUAAACACUCUGUGAUCCCGUUGAUUUUUGACAUGAAGAUCAAAGCAAGAGAACUGAAACGUCAGAGCGAGAGGUGUUACCGGGAGAGCGAGGGAGAGAAGGGGAAAGUGAAGGCGGCGCUGCAGAAGAAUAACAGCGAGGGCGCAAGGGUUUUCGCACAGAAUUUUAUUCGAAAGCAGCAGGAGGGGCUUCAUUGCUUGCAGCUAUCAUCGAAGCUCGAUGCGGUCGCCUCUCGUCUGGACGCUGCCCACCGGUCUCAACAGAUGAGCAAGCAGAUGAGGUCAGCAGCUUACGGAUUGUCGAAUGCAUUAAGGACUUUAGAUGGCGGCACCUCUCUGAGGCAGAUGGAGGAGUUUGCGAAACUGUUCGAUGAUCUGGAUGUACGGAGCGACUCCGUAUCGACUCUCCUCGAUGCCUCAACAUCCACAUCAAUUCCUCUGGAGCAAGUAGACGACGUUCUUAAGCACGUGGCGACCGCCGCGAAAAUCCACAUGGAGUGUGAAGAUUUCUCACAGACAAGCGCCUCGCUGACACUGAAGAGACAAGAACACGUAGGACCGAUCGCAUCUCCCGCUUUCGGGCAACACCCAAUAAGCUACAACACAAGCAAACGUGAAUCAGAUAAACGGCUUCCUGUUUCUGUAUAUGAGCGACAUCCCAUUGCCGUGGGCACCGCUGCGGACCCUUUCAAAGAGAUCAACUCCAUAGUUGGCAGAGGUGAACUCCCGUCUUCACCAGGAGAUUCAAUAGGUUCAUCCUGUGGAGGCGUAGGACUGAUGCCUGCACGAAUCUGGGGAGGUAGUCCAUCACCGGCAUCGCAUCAUCCUCAACUUUAACAGCACAUAAGCUCAUGAGCGGGAAAGUACUCUACCACCGAGUAGCAAGGUCGACUGCGUCACAGAUGUUCUAUGGACCCUUUCAUCCUUCUUCGUUCCCUCUCUUUUCUCUUAUUCGUUCACUUUACCUCGAGAUUUUGCCAAGAUUUCAGAACUGACAAAACAGUGAAACCGUGUAUUUCUGUUCGCCCCUUCUGCAUCUCCGCGUGGCUCCUGCCUGUUUUGCCUAUCUGUGCACGUUGAAAACAUAACCCGGCUGGCCACACCGUAUUUUAGAUCCCUGUCGAAAGCGCAACUAGACUUUUUGACUAUUCUGUUCACGUUACUUGCGAUGGAAGAGGGACCGAAAGUCGUUUCUUGCUACAGUCGAACCGAAACCAUGGCAAGAUACCCGCGAGACACAAUCAAGUUCUUUUCGAGCCCAAGAGGCUCGC